AUGGGAAGAGUUAUAAGAGGCCAAAGAAAAGGAAGGGGCUCUAUUUUCAAGUCCCACAAUCACCACCGAAAGGGAGCAGCCAAGCUGCGCCACCUGGACUUCUGCGAAAAAAAGGGAUACAUUAAGGGACUCAUAAAGGAUAUUAUCCAUGACCCAGGAAGAGGGGCCCCCUUGGCAAAAAUCGUCUUUAAAAAAACAGAGAAAUAUGGAAAGAAGGAAGAGUUGAUGGUUGCCUCAGAAGGCAUGUUCACCGGUCAAUAUAUUUCCUGUGGUAUUAAAGCUCCUCUAUCCGUCGGGAACAUCUUACCCAUAGGAAAAAUGCCUGAAGGUACUUUAAUAUGCAAUUUAGAGCACCGCACAGGGAACAGAGGCACGUUAGUAAAGGCAUCUGGAUGUUACGCCACGGUUGUUGGCCAAUCUGAGGAUGGAAAGAAGACCAAAGUUCGUCUGCCUUCUGGUGCGAAAAAAACGAUUGAUGCUAGAGCUAGGGCUAUGGUUGGUGUCGUCGGUGCAGGGGGAAGAAUCGAUAAGCCAAUUCUCAAAGCUGGGGUUGCUCACCACAAAUACCGAGUUAAACGUAACUGCUGGCCUAAAGUUAGAGGUGUUGCUAUGAACCCAGUGGAUCAUCCCCAUGGUGGUGGUAAUCACCAACACAUUGGUCAUCCUUCCACCGUUUCGAGAAGCGCGCCAGCUGGACAGAAGGUCGGUCUCAUUGCUGCUAGAAGAACUGGUUUGUUGAGAGGUGCCAAGAAGACCAAGCUGGUUGGAAAGACAGAGGAUUAA